AUGAUGCAUUCGAGGCGGGAAAAUCAUUCCUCAGCAAGUCGCAGAAACUCCGUCGCAGACACAUUCCUCGAACGAGCUGCAGUACUAUUCAACUACGGUGCUGUGCUUUCCGCAAUAGCCGCUUCUCAGUCGUUUCUUACCGAUGACGAGACGAAAACCGCCGCCAAACUCUUCCAGCAAAGUGCCGAUAGCCGCCCAGACCGGAUUUUCUACAUGGAAGCCAGCAAAUUAAUGGAUAUCUCAAAAAGUUACUGGAAGAAGGAGUGGUUGAACGUAAUUUCGGGGAAAGCGCUCGGAUUUCAAGCUAUUGCCGAACUGCAUCAAGCACAGUACCAUGAACGAAUUCCUGACUUCUUUACGCUACCCGCUCUACCACGAGCAGUUCUAGCAAAGCCAACUCCUGUGGAGAAGCAGCUUUUCCCCGGGUUCAAAGACGUCUUCGCUGCGGUGGUUCCUGAAACGACCGUGGUAGCCCUGAAGAAGUUCGACAAACUGAAGGCAGAGCGACUUCAAAGGUUGAAGGAUCGGCCUUUCCGAGCAAACGGAGCUGAUGGAUGGGUGAGUUUCGGUGAAUCGACCCUGUAA